ACCACCACGAACUUUGCAGCAAAAAACCGAAAAAAAAUUUUCCUUCCCUUUUCUGAUUUCCUCACAAAACAAAUCCUACCCAAAGAAAUCUAUAACAUGUUGGUGCUGCCAUCUCCUCUCCCAACUCGCUUCCCCUCAGUUCACCCCUCUUUUCCACUCGCCCGUCUCCACGUCUCCCUCCCACCACCCCUCUCCACCACCACCACCACCUCUGCCGAAACCUCUCUCACUCUCUCGUACAGAACCGAAGAUGAAGAAGAUGAUGCAACUGAUAUUCUUUCUCUCCAUAGACGCCGCUACGACUUCACCCCACUCCUCAACUUCCUCUCUAACUCAGCUUCGUCCUCUGACUCGGAUUCUAACUCAGCUUCACCCACCUCACUCGACACUGCCGAGUUCCAACUCGCGGAGUCUUACCGCGCCGUCCCCGCCCCACUAUGGCACUCUCUCUUAAAAUCCCUCUGCUCCGCCUCCUCUUCCUCAUCCGCCGACAACGACUCAAUUCACCUAGCGUACGCCGUUGUUUCCUGGCUUCAAAGACACAAGCUUUGCUUCUCCUACGAGCUUCUGUACUCCAUCCUAAUCCAUGCGCUGGGGCGUUCAGAGAAAUUAUAUGAAGCUUUUUUGCUGGCUCAGAAACAAACCCUUACCCCAUUGACAUACAACGCCUUAAUCAACGCCUGCGCGCGGAACAAUGAUCUCGAAAAGGCGCUCAGUUUGAUGUCAAGAAUGCGCCAAGAUGGGUAUCCAUCUGAUUUUGUGAAUUAUAGUUUGAUAAUUCAGUCCCUUAUUAGGAAUAACAAUAUCGAUUCAGCUCUUUUACAGAAGCUUUACGGGGAGAUUGAGUCUGACAAGAUUGAAGCUGAUGGGCGGCUUUUCAAUGAUAUAAUAGAGGGUUUUGCUAAAGCCAAUGAUCCCAGUCGGGCUCUGAAGUUUAUUGCCAUGGCUGAAGCGAUGGGGUUGAGCCUGAAAACGUCCACUGUAGUGUCUGUUAUAUACUCUUUGGGAAAUAAUGGUAGAAUUGUGGAGGCUGAGGCUCUUUUUGAGGAAAUGAAAGAACGUGGAUUGAAACCAAGAACAAGAGCUUACAAUGCUCUUCUUAAAGGGUAUGCAAAAGUGGGCUCUUUGAAAGAUGCUGAGUCAACUGUGUCACAAAUGGAGAGGAGUGGAGUUUUACCCAAUGAGCAGACAUAUAUUUUUCUUAUUGAUGCCUAUGUAAAUGCUGGUAGAUGGGAGAGUGCAAGAAUUGUUUUGAAAGAGAUGGAAGCAAGCAAUGUGCAGCCGAAUUCAUUUGUUUAUAGUAGGAUUUUAGCUGGUUAUCGUGAUCAAGGGGAGUGGCAAAGAUCAUUUCAGGUUUUGAAGGAGAUGAAGAGUAGUGGAAUCAAACCAGAUAGGCAUUUUUACAAUGUGAUGAUUGAUACUUUUGGGAAGUAUGAUUGUCUUGAAAAUGCCAUGACUACAUUUGAUCAGAUGCUAUUGGAGGGGAUUGAGCCGGAUAUAGUUACCUGGAAUACCCUAAUAGAUUGUCAUUGUAAGGCAGGGCAUCACGACACUGCAGAGAUGUUGUUUGAUCAGAUGUGCGGCAAAGGGUACCAACCUUGUGCCAUGACAUAUAAUAUUAUGAUCAAUUCAUUUGGAGAGCAGGAGAGAUGGGAAGAUGUCAAAAGCCUGUUGAGGAGGAUGCAGAGUCAGGGGUUGUUGCCUAAUGUUGUGACAUAUACAACACUAGUUGAUAUUUAUGGACAGUCAGGCAGAUUUAAUGAUGCAAUAGAGUGUUUGGAGGCCAUGAAAUCUGCUGGAUUGGAACCUUCUUCAACCAUGUAUAAUGCUUUAAUCAAUGCCUAUGCACAAAAGGGUUUAUCUGAGGAAGCAAUAAAUGCAUUUAGGGCUAUGAGGGCAGAUGGCUUAAGGCCAAGUCUCUUAGCUCUUAAUUCAUUAAUAAAUGCCUUUGGUGAGGAUCAAAGAGAUGCUGAGGCUUUUGCUGUGUUGCAAUACAUGAAGGAAAAUGACUUGAAGCCAGAUGUAGUUACAUACACCACACUUAUGAAAGCUCUAAUUCGUGUUGACAAGUUUCAUAAGGUUCCUGCUGUCUAUGAAGAGAUGAUAUUAUCUGGUUGCACUCCAGAUAGAAAAGCCAGAGAAAUGUUGCGAUCUGCUCUAAAAUACAUGAAGCGGUCUCUAAAAUCAUAGUUGAAGAAAGCAAGAUUCAUGCAGUCAAAGCAAAAGUUACUGGAUAGAUUGUCAUGUCUGAGUUGUCAAUUUGAGGGGCCGACCACUUUGGAACACCAGUUCAAACUUGCACCUUUGGAGAGUGAUUAAACUCAACAAGAAACAGGAACAGAAAUCAAAGCUCAAGUGACAUGUUGGGACAGAUAUCAUGAAGCCUUCCCCUAUCUCAGUGGGGUAUGUCACAAUUCUUUGACAAUCUCCAAAUAGAAAAAAUUCAUUUGCUGCCUGUAUAUUCACAUCAUACUCGUGCAUUCCACAGAAUACUAUAAAUUACUAGCAGUUCAUGUUCUAUGUUGUCUGACACACAAGAUAUUUAGCCAAAGAAAACAUCAGAUUUCUG